UGUGGUGGCGUUUUAUCAGACGCAUCUUUCUCCCAAUCUUCCUAGAGAGAGGAGACUGUAGCAGCGGGAAAGAGCGAGAGAGGCGAUGGCGGUGAAGCACGUGCUGCUGGCCAAGUUCAAGGAGGAGGUGUCCCCCGAAGCCGUGGACGACCUCAUCAAGGGCUACGCCAACCUCGUCUCCCUCAUCCCCCCCAUGAAGGCCUUCCACUGGGGAAGGGAUGUGAGCAUCGAGAACCUGCAUCAGGGUUUCACCCAUGUGUUCGAAUCAACGUUUGAUGGUGUGGAAGGCAUUGCGGAAUAUAUUGCACACCCAGCUCAUGUGGAGUUUGCCAAUAAAUUUCUUCCUGCACUGGAGAAGGUUAUCGUUAUUGAUUACGCACCAACUGCUGUCAAUUAAAGAUGGAGAGAGGAUUAAGUUCUCUCAUAAUUCUUCCUGGUGGAGGAGGCAUUUGCUCGAGGAUUGCAUCUCUUUAGAGUCCAUGAAACAUCCUUUUGCUUCGUGUUUUCAUAUGUAGCCAAAACAUCUGUUUUAUUUGGUGGCACGGUGUUGUGGGCGUUAUCUCACUUCAUCGAACUCAUUAAAUAAGGGGGAAUAAAAUGGUAGGUUAUAUCGUGCUCUUCUCGAACA